UCUCCCUCGGACAUCCCAAUGAACGAGGAAGAGGGCAGAGAUCAUACAACCCGCAGCCGUAUGAGAAACCUCACAGCCGUGAUGGUAGUUCAUCCUAUCAACUUUCUCCUCUCUUCGCCAUUGAUGUCGUUGAAAGGUCUUCUUCCACUGUUGGUAUGCCUUGUUUGCGUUCGACAUGGUUCCUGCGGCACACACCCGCAAGAUGUUUCGGCUCUCAAGUCUUUAUCUACUCGAUGGAAGAACACACCUCCAAGCUGGAGCCUUUCGGAUGAUCCCUGUGGUGACAACUGGGAAGGAAUCACCUGCAAGGAUUCAAGGGUGAAGAAGCUGAAGCUAUUCAACAUGGGAAUUGAGGGCACAUUGCACAGUGACAUACAGAGCCUUUCUGAAUUGGAACACUUGGAUCUCUCCUACAACCGAAAUCUGGGUGGUCCGCUCCCACCAAGCAUUGGCAAUUUAAAGCAGCUUGUGGUUCUGAGAUUGAUCGGUUGCAAUUUCGGAGAUCGGAUCCCAAUCGAAGUAGGCAACCUACUUAAUCUCCAUGUCUUGUCUCUGAACUCGAACCGGCUCACCGGUGAGAUACCUGCGUCGCUCGGUAGGCUCUCCAAUCUCACCUGGCUGGACCUUGCAGGUAAUCAGCUCACCGGACAUCUCCCUACUACUUCGUCGGAUGAAGCUUCAGGAUUAGACCAGCUUGUGAACACUCUGCACCUGCAUUUGAAUCAGAACCAGCUAUCAGGCCGAAUUCCGAAUAGUCUUUUCGGCUCCAAUAUGAAAUUUAUACAUAUACUUCUCGAUCAUAACAACUUCUCCGGGGAAAUUCCAGAGUCGAUAGGUCUCGUUCGAUCACUCAAAAUCCUCCGUCUAGACAAUAAUUACCUGAAUGGAUUUGUUCCUUCUAGUAUCGGAAACCUUACACUCCUUGAUGCCUUAAAUUUAGCUAACAAUAAGCUAAUCGGGCCGAUGCCGAAUCUGACUGGAAUGCAUGCCCUCAACUAUCUGGAUUUAAGCAACAACACGUUUGAUCCUUCAGAACUUCCAGAAUGGCUUUUGGAUGUGCAAAAUCUCACGACUUUAAUCAUAGAGUCUGGGAGGCUUCAUGGAGAAGUGCCACCAUCACUCUUCAGCUUUCCUCAGCUACAGCAACUGAGACUCAACGACAACGCAUUCAGUGGCACCCUCGACAUGGGCAGCAACAUCAGUCAUCAAUUGGAGAUGGUGGAUUUCCGAAACAAUGCUUUAAGCUCGGUGACACUUUCUUCCGACUACAACAACACCAUACUACUCGUGGGGAAUCCAGUUUGCAGUAAUGCUCAGCUGCAUGAGACAGAGUACUGCCAUGAGCACCAAGACUCGGGAUCUGAUUCCUCCAUCACCGACUGCUUGCACCCAUAUGAAGGGCCAAUCGUUUGCAGAGCGCCCUCCUUCAGUGACAUAAGUCACAAUCUUGCACCGAUGGCGAACAGGAUCGCAAGCUUGCUUAAUGGGACUCCAGUGAGCUUCUCUCUUCCGAACUACUACUUCGAUGGCAAUGCGUAUCUGCGAGUGCAGCUAACGAUUUGCCCAUCGAGUGCAAAGUACUUCACCAGGAGAGAGAUCUUGCUGUGGUUUGAUCUCAGCAGUGAGAACCUUGCACUCUCAGCGAUGUAUGGGCCUUGUUAUUUCGAUCCAUGGCAGUACUCUUUUCGGCGCAAGGUGAAUCGAGGAUUGAUCGUCGGAAUAGUAGUCGGAUGUGUUGCUGCAGUGUUGGCCAUUGCAGGGCUUGGAAUCUACGCUUUGUGGCAGAAAAAGCGAGCUAAAAAGGCCAUCAUUCUGCACAAUCCUUUCGCAUCGUGGGGAUCAACCGGUGGAGAUGCCGGAGAUGCACCACAACUAAAGUUAGCGAGAUGUUUCUCCCUGGAUGAACUCAGGAAGUGCACCGAUGAUUUCUCCAAGGACAAUGAAAUCGGCUCAGGCGGCUAUGGAAAGGUCUACAAAGCGACGCUUCAAGAUGGGACGACGGUGGCCAUCAAGAGAUCACAGAAAGGUUCGAAGCAAGGCGGGGUUGAGUUCAAGACGGAGAUCGAGAUGCUCUCCAGGGUGCACCACAAGAACCUCGUCGAGCUCAUCGGCUUCUGCUUCGAGAAGGGGGAACGCAUGCUGGUCUACGAGUACAUCUCGAACGGGACCUUAACAGAAAACUUGUCCGGAAGAAGACACACGCAGUUGGACUGGAAAAGGAGACUUCAUAUAGCUUUAGACGCAGCUAAAGGAUUAGCUUACCUUCAUGAGCUCGCUAAACCUCCGAUAAUCCACAGGGAUGUGAAGUCGUGCAACAUUCUUUUGGACGACGACUUGGCCGCCAAAGUCGCGGAUUUCGGGCUCUCCAUGUUGGUAAACGACAGCAAUCUCGGCCAUGUCUCCACCUCCGUCAAAGGAACCAUGGGUUAUCUCGAUCCGGAAUACUUCAUGACCCAACAGCUGACCGCGAAAAGUGAUGUUUAUAGUUUUGGUGUCGUAAUGCUGGAGCUGAUGACGGGUAGGCUGCCGAUACAGAAAGGUAAGUACAUCGUUCGCGAGGUGAAGAUGGGAUUGGAUGAGAAGGAUGAGGAGCACUGUGGUCUGAAACACAUGAUUGAUCCAUCCAUUCUUAAUGAUGGAUGCAUCGUUGGAUUCGGAAAGUUUGUGGAAUUGGCUCUGCGAUGCGUCGAAGACGCAUCCGAUGACCGUCCGACGAUGGACGAGAUCGUGAAGGAAAUUGAGAUCAUGCUAAAAGACGACAAGCUGAAGGAGAAUUCAGCUUCGUCAUCUUCUUCUUCUGCUGAUACUGAGCUUCGACAAACUUACGAUGAGCUGCUGCUCCUCAGCAGGGAAGUGAACAGCGACGGCGUCCGUCGUACUGAUAGAUAUUUGUUCUCGGAUUUAUCGGAGACUAAUGCUUGCGCCGUUUCAGAUCGAGGCAAUGAAUGA